CCCUCACAGGAGUCGCUUGAGGGAGCUCGCUGUGAGCUUACAUCUUGGCAGGUGACCAUCCCAAGCUCGGCGGAGGGCACUCCGGAGCCCUCGGGACUGAGUCCCCCCUGGACCCACAGCCGGGUCCUCUGGAGGAGGGUGGGUCUCCCCGGGGGACUUUUGGGUACUUUCCGCCCACCCUGCCCCUUGUGGCUGGCGACAGAGUCCUAGCGCGAAGUCCCCGGCCCUGGUUGGUUUCCCCUCCGGACACUGGUUCUCGGGGGUGGGGCCAGGCCGGGGGUGGGGCAGGUGGCCUGAGAAGGUGGGCGCAGGACGGGCUGGGAGUGGAGUCCGCUUGGGGCGUCUGAGAAGGUGGCCUCGUGCCCGCCCCGCCCCCUGCCUCGGGCUCUGGUGCUGGGAACGGGGCGGGGAACCCCCGGGGCUCGCGUGCCUGUCGCCGGUCGAGGGCCCAGCGCCUGCAGCAGCCAUGGAGCCGCGGCCGAGGGGCUGCGCGGCGGCUGGGGCUGCGGUGAGUGGGGGGGGCCGCGGUGGCGGACGCUCUCGUGGGGUUCGGCCGUGCUAGCUAGCGUGCUCCCCCACCCACGACCUACUUACAGGCUAGGAAGGGGUGGGGCUCUUCCGCUGAGAGGAAACACCUUUCCUGGGGCCAGGGUCCCAUCUCUUAGAAAGCUGGGGAGGGUCAGUUCCUGCCAGUUGAGGGGAAGCCUGAGGCCUUCGCAGGGGCCCCUCCUGGGCUGUGCACCAGAAGGAGGAAGCCGGACCCCCACCCAUGGGCACCCCUCCUGCCCAGGGGUCUGAGAAGCAGGGGCCUCCAAGGGCCGAUGCGUCUGGGGUCAGCAUCCCUGUCCUCCAGGGGCUCCUGCUCCUGCUGCUGCUGGGUGUCGGGGGUCAGGGCAGCACUCCUGGCUCCAGGUGUGACUGUGGCGGUGACAUCCAGAAGAGGUAUGGCCCGUUUUGUUGCAGGGGCUGUCCAAUGGGGUACUACCUGAAGGCCCGCUGCACGGAGCACUGUGGUGACGCCACCUGCCUUCCGUGUCCCCAGGGCACCUUCUUGGCCAGGGAGAACCAUUAUAAUGUCCACUGCACCCGCUGCCAGGCCUGUGACGAGGAGGCCUCCCAGGUGGUCUUGAAGAACUGCUCUGCAGUGGCAGACACCCGCUGUGGCUGUGCCCCAGGCCAGCUUGUCGACUGCUCAGUCAAGCCAUGCGUGGCAAGUUCGCCCUUCCGAUGCCUCCCGUGCCUAGACUGCAAGCCCCCUGAGAACCACACACCUACACCCUGUUUCGGCAGAGACAGCAGCUGUGGGCCCUGCCUGCCUGGCUUCUAUGAACACAGCAGUGGCUGCGCGUCCUGCCCCACGUAACUUCCUGGGUGUCCU